UCCAGCCUCACAGGACUUCUCGUCUCUGUACCUGAACCGCCGGUACGAUGCCGCUGCCCCGUUCCCUGUCCAUGUCCUCGCUGAGCGGCGUCCUGCCGGCCUGGGAGGACGAGCAGCUGCCCGUGGAGGACCUGCUGCUGUUCGAGGUGGCCUGGGAGGUCACCAACAAAGUUGGAGGGAUCUACACCGUCAUCCAGUCUAAGGCCAAGAUAACGGUGGAUGAAUGGGGGGAGAACUACUACAUGAUGGGCCCCUACUUUGAAAACAACUUCAAGACUCAGGUGGAGGGCUGCGAGCCCCCCAACCCUGCCAUCCGCAAGGCCAUGGAUGCCCUCAUCCACAACGGCUGCCAGGUUCAUUUUGGCCGUUGGCUGAUCGAGGGCAGUCCCUACGUGAUCCUGUUUGACAUCACUUCUGCUGCUUGGAACCUGGACCGCUGGAAGGGGGACCUUUGGCAGACCUGUAACAUCGGCCUGCCAUACAAUGACCGAGAAGCCAACGACUCCCUGAUCCUCGGCUCCAUGAUCGCCUGGUUUUUCAAAGAGCUGACAGACGAACUCGGAGACACACGCAACGCCAUCGCUCACUUCCACGAGUGGCAGGCUGGUCCCGGCCUCAUUCUGGCUCGCUCCCGCAAUAUUCCCAUGGCAACGAUCUUCACCACACAUGCAACGCUGCUGGGACGGUACCUCUGUGCUGGGAGCGUUGACUUUUAUAACAACCUGGACAAGUUCGAUAUCGACAAGGAGGCUGGAGAGCGACAGAUCUACCAUCGGUACUGCCUGGAGCGAGCAGCCGUGCACUGCGCUCACGUCUUCACCACGGUGUCCCAGAUCACAGCCGUGGAGGCCAACCACAUGCUGCACCGGAAACCAGAUGUGGUGACCCCAAACGGGCUGAAUGUGAAGAAGUUCUCGGCCAUGCAUGAGUUUCAGAAUCUGCAUUCCAUCAACAAGACCCGCAUCCAGGAGUUUGUCCGAGGACAUUUUUACGGUCAUCUUGACUUCAACUUGGACAAAACGCUCUUCUUCUUCAUUGCUGGUCGGUAUGAGUUCUCCAAUAAGGGAGCUGAUAUUUUCCUCGAGGCUCUCUCCAGACUAAACUACCUGCUGCGGGUCCACAGAAAUGACAUGACGGUAGUAGUCUUCUUCAUCAUGCCAGCUAAAACCAACAACUUCAACGUAGAGUCGCUGAAGGGCCAGGCGAUACGCAAACAGCUCUGGGACACAGCUCACACUGUGAAGGAGAAGUUUGGUAAGAAACUCUACGAUGCUCUGUUGAAAGGAAACAUCCCUGACAUGAAUACCAUUCUGGACCGAGAUGACCUCACCCACAUGAAGAGGGCCAUCUUUGCAACUCAGAGAAACAGUCUUCCUCCAGUGACUACCCAUAACAUGCUGGACGACACCAAGGACCCAAUCCUGUCCAAUGUCAGACGCAUCGGCCUCUUCAACUCCAGGAACGACCGCAUCAAGAUCAUCUUCCAUCCUGAGUUCCUGUCCUCCACCAGCCCUCUGCUGCCCAUGGACUAUGACGACUUUGUCCGCGGUUGUAACCUCGGAGUAUUCCCUUCCUACUAUGAACCCUGGGGAUACACACCUGGUGAGUGUACCGUCAUGGGUAUUCCCAGUGUGACCACCAAUUUAUCGGGUUUCGGCUGCUUUAUGGAGGAGCACAUCUCAGACCCGGCUGCGUAUGGUGUCUACAUCGUAGACCGACGGUUCAAAUCCCCGGAGGAGUCAUGUAAUCAGCUGACCCAGUUCAUGUUCAGUUACUGCCAGCAGUCUCGGCGCCAGCGCAUCAUCCAGCGGAACCGGACUGAGCGGCUGUCGGACCUUCUGGACUGGAGAUACCUGGGCAGGUUCUACAUCCACGCCCGCCAACUGGCCCUGAGCAGAGCAUUCCCAGACAAGUUCAAGAUGGAUCCCAAUGCCCCUCUGAAGGCGGAGGGUUUCCGGUACCCCCGGCCCCCCUCUGUGCCCCCCUCCCCCUCUGCCUCCAUCCACUCCACCCCCCACCACAGCGACGACGAGGACCAGGACGAUGAUGAGCCGUACGACGAAGACGAGGAGGCGGAGAGGGACCGGGUGAACAUCAAGGCUCCGUUUGUGCUCGGAGCCGUUCCAGAGGGGGAGACGAAGCAACCGGAAGAGUCUGGAAACUGAAAUCCACCACCACAACCACCAAAUGACCCAUUCAAGGAAACCACUGGACAUUUCUUAACUCCAUCUGCAGGAAAACAACACUUUCAUGAAAGUUUUGGAGGUUUGGCAAGCUUCACAGUCGCACAGACUUGAAGGAACCAAGCCAGAGGAGCCGCGACGCGCUCCAAGCUCGCUGUGCGGCCCCAUCAGCUGCUUCCUCUAGGUAAUUUGUAAUUUUUGAAGGUGUUUUUGCAACCCAAAUCAGAAUACGUUGGUAUGAAAUGGAAUAUAUAAAUUAAAAAAAGUCAC